AGAAUUCAAAGCGAACGGUUGGGAAGAAAAAACAAAAAACUAUUGAAAAUUACUUACUACUGUUUUCACAACAAAUACAACAAACAUUUACAUAAAACUAACAUCAGCAGCAACAACAACAACAAAUAUUAUAACAAAUGAUAAUUGCGAGACAUAGCAUUGAAUCAAACCACAAGCAAAACGGAGAGCAAUUGUGCAAAUAAAAUACGAAAAAUUAAAGUGAAUAAAAAAAAAAUUUGUUUAGUAAAACAAGUCAACAAAAUAUAAAAAAAAACUUCUCGAAGAAGUUUGUUAAGCUUAAAGCUAGAUUAACGAAAAAAAAAAAUAAUUUCCAAAACAGAAAGUGUCUUCUUCAGCUCAGUGUGUGCUGUGCUGGGCUGAUGAGGUGCUUUGCAGUAGUGUGUGUGAAGUCGUGAGAAAAUUUUAAAAUUUCAAAUAUAAAACAACAACAAUUCGUGGCAUAUCUAAGAAAAGCAACUUUAACAUCUGUGAGUUGGCAUCGCUUCUCGCUCUUCUGGUUGAAUUGCAUCGAUUUUCUUUGGGGUUCUUCUUUGCUCCGAGGAACUUUUAAAGUUGCGCCAGUACUCACGAUACCGAAGUUCAAGUUUCAUUCAUCAAAGCAGGCAGCUGUCAGCUGGAGGUUUAGGUGGUGGUAGUGGUGCCACAUCUAUAAAAGGAGGAGGCUGGUUCUGCGCAAACGCCUUAGCUGUUGUUUGCCAUACAUAUUCGGCUACAACAAGAACAAUAUAAGCAGCAACAGCAAUAACAACAACAACAACACCAACAACAACUAGUAAUACUACGAGUACAUCAACAUUAACAACAAAUUUCGUUGUUUUGUUUGCCUUUCGUGUGUGUUUGUGUUUUACUUUAUCGAAUUUUUAGGGGGGGGUACCCCGACCGGCCCACCAUAAAAUUUAAUUGGAUUUCAUUCAUUUGUUUGUUUAUAAAUUUCGUCUGUUUGUUCGCCUCCAAUUGUCUACUACCAAUAAAACAGCUGCCGCUUGCUGUCUGUCUCCGCAUGAUGUUGUUUAUCUCGAAAUCAUCAUCUUUAUCACCAUCAUCAUCAUCAGCCGCAUCAUAGGUUUGGUGAAUCUGCUCUGAGUGUAAAAGUAUAGGAAAAAAAGGAAUUGCAAUAAUAAAUUAUAAAUCUGAUUUGAUGAUACUUUUUGCAGAGGAUUCUACGAAAAACUCCAAGGCUUUGGCUGCGACCCCUUAAAUAACCGCCCUUUAAAGGCGGUGGUGGUUGGUUGGGCUUAACAUACGAACAUCGUUUAUUUGGUUUUUUUCUUUCCAUUUGCUUAGUUGCCUAAGAGCCUAGAGCAUCAUGGACCAUGCGGUGAAAGCCACACGUGGUCGUCCUUGGAAUACUCUACGUUUCGAAAAUGACGAAUUGGAAUGUCUAUAUCAGCGUUACACACUCAAAUUGCAACGCUUUUCGGUGCUGGGUGUGGUGGCCCUGGUUGUGGUGCUAUGCGGUGUAAUGGCCUCCUUAUCUUUUGCCUACAAUUACGCUGCUACAUUUCAUAAUGUCUUCAACUCGUUUGUGUGCCUCUUAUUUGCCAUAAUUUUAGUGCUGUUACAAUGUCGCGUGAUCAAGGAUCAUCAUUUGCCUUGUCUGUGCUAUGGCAUUCUAUUAUUUACCGCUGCCAUUUGUUUCGUUUCGAUGCCAACAUUGGGCUCCAUAUUUCCGGUUGACACCAAGGAGGAUGCCUCAGAGGUCAUGGCCGAAGGUGUUUGGCAAAUUGUGUUUGUGGUGUUUUUGGCAUACGCCAUGAUGCCAUUGCAAAUCUGGGAAGCUGUUUGUUUUGGCAUCAUACUGCCGUUGGUGCACAUCAGUUUGACUGUCUAUAAAAUAUGUACGGAUGCAUUUCGUUAUUUGGAAUAUAAUCAGCUUAUAGCCAAUAUUGUUAUGUUUAUCGGCGUCAAUGUAGCCGGCCUAGUCGUUAACAUUAUGAUGGAGAGGGCACAGCGUCGUGCCUUUUUGGAUACACGAAAUUGCAUUGCCGCCCGUCUGGAGAUACAGGAUGAAAAUGAGAAACUUGAAAGACUUUUAUUGUCGGUACUACCUCAGCAUGUUGCGAUGCAAAUGAAGAAUGACAUACUCUCACCGGUCGCCGGUCAAUUUCAUAGAAUUUACAUACAAAAACAUGAGAAUGUAAGCAUUUUAUUUGCCGAUAUAGUCGGAUUUACGGUGCUGUCCUCACAAUGUAGUGCACAGGAAUUGGUAAGACUGUUGAAUGAACUUUUUGGAAGAUUUGAUCAAUUGGCGCAUGACAACCAUUGUUUGCGCAUUAAAAUCUUGGGGGAUUGUUAUUAUUGUGUUUCGGGUCUGCCGGAACCACGUAAGGAUCAUGCCAAAUGUACAGUAGAAAUGGGUUUAGAUAUGAUAGAUGCCAUAGCUUCGGUGGUAGAAGCCACUGAUGUUAUGCUGAAUAUGCGGGUGGGCAUACACACCGGUCGUGUUUUAUGCGGUGUUUUGGGCUUGCGCAAAUGGCAAUUUGAUGUUUGGUCCAAUGAUGUCACCAUGGCCAAUCACAUGGAGUCAGGUGGUGAGCCGGGCAGAGUUCAUGUGACGCGCUCCACUUUGGAUGCCUUGUCGGGAGAAUAUGAAGUUGAGGCGGGACAUGGGGAUCAGAGAUCCUCAUAUCUAAGAGAUCAUGGGGUGGAUACAUAUUUUAUAGUGCCACCACCACAUAGGCGCAAGCCUCUAAUGCUUAAUACUCUGGGCGUACGCUCAGCCAUUGGCUCACGCCGCAAGCUAUCGUUCCGCAAUGUCUCCAAUGUGGUUAUGCAAUUGCUGCAUACCAUCAAAUUCUCUGAGCCAGUGCCAUUCUCCAAUAUAGCCACUGGCUCCUUCCCCUCUACGGGUGGCAAUGCUGGCCGCAACAGCACAGGCGGAGAUGGCCAAUUAGAUAAAGGCGGCCGAAAGGUGAUACGACUACAAAAAAUCUUACAUGCUCCAACGCCGCCCGUGAGCGGUCUAACCAUACAAGUAGGAACAACUUCCAAUUCCACUGCGAAUACGAUUAGUCGCAUUCAUAGACAUACCACUAGUCAGAAUCAGAAUCAGAACAAAACUAAACAAUCUAAAGUGACCGACAAGUUCAAACGACCCUUUCGCAAGCGUCACUCAUCGGUGCAUCAUCAGCCCACCAAUCGGGUCAAUCGGUUCCUUUCGCAAGCGAUCAAUGCCCGCUCGGUGGAUUGUGACAAAUCGGAACAUGUGGAUCGUAUCUCGUUGCGCUUUCGCGAAAGCGACAAAGAACGUGAGUAUCGCAAAGAUUUCGACUUGGGCUUUACCACCGCCAUGGGCUGUUCGCUGCUGCUGUUGAUUUUGGGAGCAGCCUUACAGGUGACCGCUUUGCCAAGGACCUUGAUAUUGUUGUUACUUUUCCUAACCGCCUUCGUAUGGGUCAGUGCCAUUUUGAUGCUGUUGCUGGCCGUACGCUUGAAAUGGAUAGUUUGGGAUUUAUCACAGAGUUUUACGCUGCGCAUGGCCAUAACCAUAUUCACCAUCAUACUGAUCUACUCGGUGGGGCAAGUCAAUGUGUUCACUUGCGUCUCGGAUCAUCCCUGCUCCAGCAAUGUGACCACCACCACACCCACCAUGGAGGAAGAUCUACUAAUGUUGAUCCAUCAAAACGAAGCCCAUCGCAAAUGUUCUCUACCCCAAUAUGUAUCACUCUCAGCCACAUUUGCUUUUCUAACAGUGUCGGUAUUCUUAAGGUUACCCAUCAUUUUCAAAUCACUGCUGGUGGUGACAAUGGGUGUGGUCUAUUGUCUCUUCAUUGAACUGUCCCAUACGAACAUAUUCGAUUGCUAUGACAGCCGUGUCAAUGCUUCAAUUCCACUUCAUUUAAUCUCAUUGGCCCGUAUUAUAAUUUUCAUGAUUGCCAUACUUGUGCAUGGUCGUCUGGUUGAGUGGACGGCCAGAUUAGAUUUCCUAUGGCAAUUGCAGGCCUCGCAGGAGAAGAAGGAAAUGGAUGUGUUACAGGAAUCGAACAAGAGAAUAUUGCACAAUUUGUUACCCGCACAUGUGGCUGCCCACUUUCUUGAUGCUCAAUUUCGUAGUAAUAUGGAGCUCUACCAUCAAAGCUAUGCCAAAGUGGGUGUCAUAUUUGCCAGUGUACCGAACUUCCAUGAAUUCUAUACGGAAAUGGAUGGUUCCGAUCAAGGCCUAGAAUGUUUGCGUUUGCUAAAUGAGAUCAUAGCUGAUUUUGAUGAAUUAUUGAAAGAGGAACGUUUUCUGGGCAUUGAUAAAAUCAAAACUGUUGGCAGUACUUAUAUGGCUGUCGUGGGUUUAAUACCAGAAUACAAAAUCAAUGCAAGUGAUCAAAAUUCCAUAAGACGUCACAUGACUGCCCUUGUGGAGUAUGUUAAGGCAAUGCGUUUAUCUUUACAGGAGAUCAACAGUCAUUCCUAUAAUAAUUUUAUGUUAAGAGUUGGUAUCAACAUAGGACCUGUGGUAGCUGGAGUCAUAGGAGCUCGUAAACCCCAAUAUGAUAUAUGGGGUAAUACGGUGAAUGUGGCCAGCCGCAUGGAUUCCACUGGUAUACCGGGUUAUACACAAGUGACCCAAGAGGUUGUGGACAGCCUUCAAGGAUCACAUUUUGAGUUCAAAUGCCGUGGCACCAUCAAGGUCAAGGGCAAAGGUGAUAUGAUCACCUAUUUCCUAAAUGACAAUGCCAACAAUGCCCUCAAUGGUGAGGUACGCAAUGCCAUGAUUGGCAAUCGUCCCAUAACUAAUUCUGGCUUUGGCCAACCAACGCCACCGCAACAAACCCAGUUGCAGUCCACCGAUUACUAUCAGAAGCAGACACAAUUCAAUCAGGAUGACAACUAUCAUCUGAAUAUGAACUCGGAAACGUACAAUGUGAAAAAGGACAAUUUCGGUUAUAUGGAACAGCAGGAGGCCACCACCAAUCUCAUUAUGAAGCAUUCGAAUGAGGAGCAACAAUUGUUGUUGCAACACAUGCAGCCGCAACAUCAUCAGCAUCACUUGCAGCAACAACAACAGCAAAGAAUGAAUAGCAAAUUGCAGAAGCAGCCAUUUUUGAUGAAUGGCGGUUUGCCCAAUAUACACGAGAAUGGCCAUGGCGAGAACAAUGGAAAUGAGCAUGGCAAUGGUUUCAAUGGCAGCGCAGGAUAUCAGGCGCAGCAGCAGCAGCAACAUCAACGUAAUCAAUCGUCUAGUUCUAUGAGCAGCAUGGGUCUAAAUCCUAAUACCAUGGCACAGCAAUCCCUACAGACAGGUCCUCAGCAUCCGCCUCUACCACCUCUACCGAAUUCAUCGUCAUUGUCAGCCAAUUCCGGUGUUCCUCCAACAUCCGCCUACCACCAACAACACAACAACCUACACAACCACCAACUUCCAACACCUCAAACGCAACCACAACCUCCAACACAACCUCAACCAAACGCAUCAUCAUCAUCAUCAUCACAACAAGUUGCAUCGUGUGCGGUGCCAUCAUCCUCCUUGACAGCAUCAUCGCAUCAGCAACAGCAUGAUCCCUACGCUCCGCUGGAGAAUUUCAAUAAUCUUGUGUAUGGGGCGGCUGGUAAUGGUAAACGCGAACGUGAUCUGCAUGUCACCUCACAGAAUACAUCCGCAUCCAAUUAUCAUCAUUAUUUGUAUCAGCAACACCAACAACAGCAACAACAUAACAAUGGCCUCCACCACCACCACCACCAGAACAGUAACAAUUCAAACCAUCAUCCGCCUAACAAUUUUCUCAAUCAUCACAAUAACAAAAUGCAUCACAAUUUCAAUAACCCAAAUGCGUCGACAUCGCUCUCCUCGUCGCCAUUGUUGUCCUCCUCCGCGCAUCACAACAAUGCCAACAACAGUGGCAGUCAUUACAUCAAUUACAAUAAUUGUCGCGAAAGUGAACCGUUGUUGCAUGCCACCCAAGUGGCCAAGAUUAUGUCCAUGCAACAUCAUCAGCAAUUGCAUCACACACCCACUAAAUAUGAACCGCCUCGUUAUAUGUGCCCCAGUAAUGUAUUUGUACAACAACAGCAACAGAUCCAACACCAAAUCCAACAAUACCAACAACAACAACAACAACAGCAACAGACGCAAACGAAACAGCUACAACAGUAUCCUCUGUACUCCCAACAACCCCAGCCCCCACUACCAGCCCUACCACCCAAACCUGCCACAUUAACAACGAGUCUAAAACAGAGUACCCCUCUUCUACGCUCCUACAUGAAGCCACUACCGAAACUACCGAACGAACUGGAAGAGAGUCGUGAAAUGUCUUCCACCGACGAUCUCAGCUCCCGACCACACUCGCCCUCUAUGAGCUCUUCGGACGAAAGCUAUUCGAAGACCACAGAAGGCGAAGGUGAAGAAGAUUCGCCCCAUCGUCUAACAACAACAACAGCAACAGCAUCAGCAGCCAAUGGCCACCAUCUGCAGGGGCGCAAUGGCAGUACGGCCCUGCAAUGGUUAUACCCCUGUGACAUACAGGUCGAUCCGACCUCCCCCAUCAUUGAUAUGUCCAAUCUGAAGGACUUUGAGGUCAGCUCCACGACCGAGAGUCAGGGCCAGUAUACCACCACCACCCAGAAUAAGGGUGACUCAUGCAACAGUUUCGAAUAUCAGGAUCGUCUGGCCUUGAAUCAGAAGCAGGCGAAUGCCACAUCCAAUCCAACAUCGGGAGGCAGCAGUGGUGGCAAUCCGAGUGCCACCACAAAAUCACCAUUUGAGAGGGAAUUGCAAAGACUUUUAAACGAAUCGUCGAGAGCUCGAGGCCUGGCCGCCACAGGCAACCAUAAUUCGGCGGCCGCGACGGCCUCUUCGUCUACGGGGGGCAAUGUCACCUCGGGUUCGCUGGGCCAUGGCGAUGGUGGGGGCAAUACCACCAGCAACAGCAGCAGUCGCAACAACAUAGACAUCAGUUUCUCGGGCAGCAAUAGUAAGUUAAGUUCGAAUGGCUUAAAUGUGGCCGCCGGUUUCGGGGGCAGCGGUAGUUUGGGCAGUAAUGGCAACUUGAGCGGCAGUACUCCCCUCAGCGGCAACAACAACAUGAAGAAUGUCACCACGGCCAUGGCGGCCACCAUAUUGGAUGAGCUAAACUCACCGACCAGCGGACAGAGGCAGGGCGGCUCCAAGAUACCAGUGAGCACAAGCUUUAUGAUUGCCAAGCAUCCAGUGGGUCUAGAGGCUAUCAAGGAGAUAACCCGCAACAAAAAUCCCUCAGAAUCCAGUCAAAUGCAAACAUCUGACACGGAGUCAUGUGAAAUACUUCACGAGACCCGCAAUCAAUUAAAUCUGGCCAUGAUGGAUCAUCACCACCACAACAGCAUGACCAACAAAUCCUCGACCUCAACCAAUGGUACAAAUUACAACAACUUUCCUCAACAGCUGCAGCAGACAGCGGCAGCAUCAUCAGCACCCAGCCAACAGCAGCAGCAGCAGUCACAACAAACCAAAGAACACAAUCAUCGCCAUCGCCAAAGGCCUCGCUCCAAAGAAUACGAUCACAGCCAUGAGAGUCUGGAUCAAUUGAAUGAGGCCGCCGAGACUAAGGCGAAUGGCCGCUAUAACCGCCAUCAUCAUCACCACCACCACCAUCAUCAUCAUCACUCGCGGCCCGCACGCAACAAUCAUCAUCAUUUGGUCAACAAUCAUGAGGAGGAUGAACGCGACGAUACCGAAGACAAUUUGGCCGAUGAGGAAUUCGAAGAUGAUGAGGUGGGUCGCGAUGUACGCAAGAAACGUUUGCUGCCACCCACAGAGAUGGUCAAUCACUAUCGCAGCGAUGGCGAAGACGAAGACGAUGAUGAUGAUGACGACGAUGAGGACCAUGAGUGCGGUCCCGAGGAUGCUUUGGUGGGUGGUGGAGGUGGUGUUGGUGGCAGCGGCAUGUCCAAUGGCGGCAGUCAUGAGCGUCGCAUGGAUUCCCUGGAAACGAAUGUGAUAAAUGAUGAGCUCAAAUAUGGUGCCGGUCAUCAUAAUCAUCAGUCGAUGGACUCCAAUCAUUUGGAGAGUCAAUCGGAAUGGUCAGAUGAUGAUUGCCGCGAAGAGGCAACAGGCGGCGCUGAAUCUACCGGCUACAUAACCGAUGAGCCUGGUCUGGAAAAUAUCUCUCUAUUAAAUGAGGCUGGUCUAACCGAUGCCGAAGGUGCUUUAUCCGAUGUCAAUUCUUUAUACAAUGCUCCCGAUGUUGAUGACACAUCCGUGUCAUCGCGUGCCAGUUCAAGGCUAUUAAGUUUAGAUUCUCUCAGUGGUCUUUAUGAUUGUGAUAUGGAUUCAAAACAUGAAAUGGCCAUUGUUAAUGUCUCCAAUAAGAUAACCAAUAAAUUUGGACCGCAACAGCAGCAGCAGCAACAACAUCAUCAUUCACAACAACAACAACAACAUCAUCAUCAUAAUCAUGCCCCACAUCAAGAACAAAGUUAAUUAAAACGACAACAGCAGCUAAAUUAAAAUGUAAACUACUCUUAAAAAGAACUACCUACCAAACUUAAGGCAAAUAUACAUCUCCUCUGUCACUCUCACAUAAUGGCGACAGAAGCAGAACAUAGAGAGCCGAUAUCAAUAUGCGAACACAUAUAUAGUAACUAAAAACUCCAACAACAAAAAGCAACAUGAAAAAUACUUUUGAAUAAUGUAUGUAUGUUUUUUUUUCAAAAUUUAUUAGAAAUAAGUGUAAGGAUUGGAAGAGAUUUUUGAAAUUGGAUUACAAGAUGCACAAUGGGAUGAGAUGGGAGAAAAUAAUAAAUAACAUUGUAAGCUCUAAGUGCAAGGAGAUAUGAAAAAACAAAUUCUCAAAAGAAUUUAUGGAUGAAAAAGUCCCCUUCGAUCACCAGAGACAGAUCUGUUUUGGCAGAGUCGAUUUUGCUUUUUUUGGGAUAAUUUUUUGAAGGACUUAAAAAGUACACCAAAUCAUAUGAACUGAGAUAUCACAAAAGCAAUUCAUUUGUAUAUAUUACUAUUUCUUGACUCAUUAUGAAUUAUUUUUUUUAAUUGAUUUUUAGAUUUAAGCAUUCGAGUUUUGCACUUACUUUGGGUUCUUUCAGUUUGAAAUUCCUUAAACAAUUCAUAAAAAAUUAAUAAAUUGCUGUUCGGCUUAGAUAGUUUUAAGAAUUGGUUACAAGAUGUUGAAUACAUUUAAUAUUUAAUUUUCUAACAUAAAAAUUUUUCUUAAGAUAUCUCCUUACAUUUAGGCUUUUCAAAAUAAUUCGUUCUUUUUUCAAUCCUCUCCCAUUACAAGUUGCUUCUGCCAGUGUUAAGAUGCUCAAAGUAUGGCAAUUUAGAAAUUCCCAUGAAAAUUCCUGUCCUUUUGUGUUUAAUUUUCUUAGAUUUUUUAAAACUUCAAAACGCUUAAAAACUCCCUAUUCCAUAGAACUCAACAACGCUAACUGACUUAUCGGCUUUAAUUUACUUACCAGCCGUAACUCACUUACCGGCUAUAACGCUUUUACCGAUUAACACUCUCUUACCGACUGUUACUCACUUAUCAGUUAU